GGUCCAUUUGCGCUGUCCCGGAUAUUUCCGAGCUAAAAUAUGGCUCUUUGAAUUCUUUAAGCUGUUGGACCCGAAAAGAAGUCGUGCUUUGCUGUAGCAACGCACCCCCAAGUGCUCUACAAUUUUUUCUGCAAGAAUGGAGUUUCAUUAUGCUCACCCAGCCCUGCGCUCUGUGGCCCAUCUGUCAGACCCUGCUUGCUCUCAGCAUAUGCUUGGACUUGGACUGAAUCAAAGCACCAAUAGACAAAAUGAUGGCAACAUCAGAUCCUGUUUGGAAGACUCUUCGUGUCUGCCCGGCAGACCCCCUCGCUCUCUCUCACCCACAGGCUAACCACAGCCAAUCACAGGGGUGCAGGGGGGAGGUGUCAGAGGAGAGUCAGCACUUAAUUGGUGAUGGUCUCACUGACUGGAUGACGGAAGAAGUGGAUUUCUCCUCGUACCUCCCAAACCCCCCUUCCCCUCCCUCCUCCACCAAUGCCUCCCUUCCCCCUUCACCCCUUCAGAAUGAUAUCCAGGUGCCCUCAGACUUGGAGGUCAUGACCUCCCUGCUGCAGGAGGAACUUGCCCAACUAGAGGACUACUUCCUGUCUGAACCAGUGCCAGAGAAAGGGCUGAGGCUGGGAAAAUGUGACAGGGGUCCACUGCCGGCUGGUCCUCAGCCGUUCAGUCAGCUGCCAUACACAUCAUAUUCUACAUCCAACCAAUCAGAAUCCAGCCCACUUCUUGUUACCCUGGCAACCGGAGAACUGGACCUGCUGAGUAUCUGUGGCGGGCCCAUUGGGCGAUCCAAAAUUCCAAGACACGCCCCGUACGGCUGCAAUCGCCCCAGUGGGUGUGGUAGGAAAAGAUUUCCUGAUGGUGUGAGGUUCAGUGAAGGCUUUGAUAACAGUUUGUUGAGUUCCAAAGGAAGCAACUCAGGUAACUCAGCAGUGACCCUGACCGGCAAUUAUGGCUGUGUAGAAGACGAACAGCUGGUAGGAAAAAGCUACUGUCUGGGUAGUGCAGUCGAGGUCAGAAGAUGUGCCGUUCUAUCCAAAGAAGAGAAAAACUGCUGUUUCAGCCAAGAUGUUAUAGGAGGUGCGAAGGUUGUUGGUGGAGGAUUUGGCUUUGGUGGAUCACUUGAUGUCCCACACAAGAAAGAGGAUUUGUUGAUGUAUAGCAUGAGGGAGGUCAGCGGAGAGACUGGUAACAACGAGGUGCUAAACAGUAUCAAAACUAGUGUGGAGGUGACAAAAGCCACCGUUUCUUGGAAAACUGAGAGCAGCGAAGGUUGUUAUCUUCCAACAACACCACAGCCUGAGGGCUAUCAUAGCUUCUUAGGCAAUGUCAACGAACAGGUCAAAACAGAAAGUCUACAGAUAGGGCAACAUGAUUUACACUGUAAUUUCCUUGAGGAUCAGGGCCCGGAGUGUCUGUUAAUGGCUAGGGAGAGUCUGAACCUGGAGUCCUCAGGGCACAGACAAGCAUGCAGGCUGAAGGAAGACCACUGUGCUCUGAAAUAUGAAGUGGACAUCACUCCAGUUGAAGGCGGGGAACGCAAACAGAAGAAGAGAGAUCAAAACAAAACUGCCGCUCACAGGUAUCGCCAGCGAAAAAGGGCGGAGCUAGAUUCUUUGGAGGAACAGUUGCAUUGCCUAGAAGGGAGGAACCGGGAGCUCCGGGACAAGGCAGAGUCUGUAGAACGUGAAAUCCAGUAUGUUAAAGACCUGCUGAUUGAAGUUUACAAGGCCCGUAGCCAAAGGCUUAAGCAGGACACAACAGCGUAACACCAAGUUCCUGCAAGUACAUUUAAAGAGGGUGUAACAGGGAAGAUGUGGAGAGUUUCGUGUCUUUAAGAUUGUCCAGAAUUGAAUGUUUAAUUUUUUUCAUGGCGAGAGAGGUAAAUGCAUGCUUUGCUAAUGUGAAUUAUUUUUUACAUUUUAAAUCAACACUAUCCAAUGCUUCCAUUGCUUUCGCACUCUACUCAC